CAAUUCAGCUAUUACUAUCUACUGACGCAGCUGUCUGGACCAUCGGUCUCAUCAGACCAAACCAAACAGAAUCAUCUGCUAUGACUUAAACAUCACAAAAGAAGAAUUACAUUACAACAACCAUUUUCACGUCAGUCUUCAGGGUUUGUUCUGAAGAUAACACCAUGGGUCCCAGCUUGAUUUUCCUCUGUCUGUCCCUUCUGAUCGCCAGUGGUGUGUUUGGUGAUGAAGUGAAGUCAGUGCCAGUGACUGAGGGACAUUCUGUUACUCUACACACUGACGUCAUCAAACACAAAGAUGAUGUGAUAAGGUGGUAUUAUGGGUCUGAAAACACAUUUGUUGCCAGAAUCAAUGGAAAGGCCAGCAGCACCAUGUUGUCAGAUGAUGAGAUGUUCAGAGACAGAGUGAAGAUGAACGAUCAGACUGGAGAUCUCACCAUCACACACAUCACAUCUCAACACUCUGGACUUUAUACACUGAAGAUCAGCAGCAACAAUAAAGUCUCAUACAAGAGGUUCAAUGUUACUGUUCAUAGUGAAGUGAAGUCAGUGCCAGUGAGGGAAGGACAUUCUGUUAUUCUCUACACUCAUGUUCUUGAAGAGAGAGAUCUGAUAGAGUGGCAUUAUGGACCUGACAACACACUUGUUGCAACAAUCGAUGGAAAGGCCAAUAGCUUCAUGUUCUCUGAUGAUGAGAGAUUCAGAGGCAGAGUGAAGAUGGAUGAUCAGACCGGAGCUCUCAUGAUCAAUGACACCAGAUCUCAUCACUCUGGACUUUAUAAGAUCAGCAUCAAUAACAGAGUCUACAAGAGGUUCAAUGUUACCGUCAGUGGUGAAGUGCCAGUGAGGGAAGGACAUUCUUUUAUUCUCUACACUCAUGUUCUUAAAGAGAGAGAUCUGAUAAAGUGGCAUUAUGGACCUGACAACACACUUGUUGCAACAAUCGAUGGAAAGGCCAAUAGCUUCAUGUUCUCUGAUGAUGAGAGAUUCAGAGGCAGAGUGAAGAUGGAUGAUCAGACCGGAGCUCUCAUGAUCCAUGACAUCAGAUCUCAUCACUCUGGACUUUAUAAGAUCAGCAUCAAUAAAGUCUUAUAUAAGACAUUUAAAGUUACUAUUCGUGAUUCUCGUGUCCUGUGGCUGUGUGUAAUUCCUGUCGUAGGCCUACUCCUUCUGAUCUGUGUCUUUAUGCUCACAAAGAGGUUUUACACAAACUUCACGGGCUCUGAUAGAUGGUUAAAGCAUCAACUCCAGCACCAUGUUUGAUCCAGAAGCCUCUCUAAGUAGUGAAGGGGUUCAUUUCUUUGAAUGGUUGAAAAAAUAAAUUGUAGGAAUCAAUACUAUUCUAUUCUAAAAGUAGCAGAAGGGUGAAAAUUGACAAGAGUUACAAAGUUUUAUACCAUCUUGCAGUUAAUGUUUCUUUAGUCAUUUCGGCAUCCCUAUUGCCUGAACCACUAUAAUCAGAGGCGUAUUAAGACCUCAUGGUGCCCCUGGGCAACAGCCCCAGAGGUGCCCCCCCAUCAACCCACACGCAAGAAUCCACUCAUUAAAUGAUUUAUAUAUUAAAAGAUUUUAUAAGAAUGAAACUCAGCAAUUUACAAUAUACUAUUUUACAAGAAUUAUACAUUAACAUGACACUUUUGUAGACUAUAACACAAAAACAACUCUUUUCCAUUAAGUAUUUUUAACAAUUAGGCCUACUGUAGUUAAGGGGCACCUGCUUUCUGUUGUAAUGUUACAUUUCAGGUUUUGAUGUAAUUUUAAAAAAUCACUAACAUUUUUUUAACAAGUGUAAAUGUUGUGCGUGCCACAAAAUGGGGGUACAGGGACACACACACACACACACACACACACUAUAGUUUGCAUGUAUGUAUUCACAUUAGGGGGACAAUGGAACAAUGUACAGAUUUUCAGGACAUUGGGACUUUAAUUCACCAAAGUGGCAUUCACCAGAUUACAAUGUAUAGCAAGGUUAUUCAUAAAAAUAACAUGAAACGUUAUUGUUUCUAUUUUAACUGCUAUACAGCUAUUCAAACGCUCUAUUUAAGCACAGUAUGUGUACAUUCUUCUUACUAAACGAUCACAUAAGUACUAAGAUAAAAGUGUACUCCACUAAAAAGGACACGUAUGAAUUGAUUGCUAUAGUGAUGACACCGACCGUUCUUCACUUUCACUUUAAAACCCAGGUUUGGAUCUUCAAUAGUGGCCUUACCUCCACGUACUAUUAUUAGCAGACAUUAUCGGCACUAUAACAUCUUAUUUCUGACGCAUGCCAUGUAUAUAUACCUUUAUUAAUCAGUGCUAAUCCCCGCAUUUUUAGGCUCCGCUACAACAAUGCGCUCUGCAUCGUUCCCGCUUCCAUCUGUUUGAAGAUUAAAGUGUACACGAAAGACGACUCGCCUCAUAACAGUCACUUGUGAUUGGCUGAAUGUUAAUUCACUCAAAUCUAUGUAACUAACCAGAUAACAUGGGCGGGAAUUUUGGCGGAGGUGUGUCGAAAAAGUGCGGAGGACAGAACCAUUUUUAUCUGAAAGUGGGGGUAUUCCCGCACAUGGUGCCACGCCUAUUUAGCGCAGAUGCGUGACUUAAGUCUUAAAAAACAAGUGCUUAUGUACAUUUAUAAAAAUAUAUAUAUUUUGUAUUGCGGGUUUAUUUGGUGCCCCUAAAGUCUUGGUGCCCCUGGGCACUUGCCCAAUUGCCCAUAUGGUUAAUCCGCCUCUGACUAUAAUGGAACCACCCUUACACAUUUACACAUGCAAAAUGUAUUUAUUUUAGCAAAAUACAUCAAAUAUAACAUAAAACACUCUAAUGCACACAACUGUUAACAAUAAUAAGAAAAAACAUGGUUAUUUACAUGGUUAUAUUAGUCACUCAGGGAAUUAUGGGGAAAUUUUCACUGCUUUUAAAAACUGUAAAUUUUAAAAGUCUUGUCAAAUAUUAUUCAGUUUUUCACUCUGUAUCUUUCACUAUAUAUCUAUAUGUAUUUUUCCUGUGCCAUUUUACAUUAAUAGGCUUUAUGCCAAAUGUCACGCGCAGAAAGCAGAAACUGGUCUCAUUGCAUCCGGUUUAAGUCUUUUGUAUGCGGUUCAUUCCAUAAAGAGCCAUUUUACUCAAAAAGAUGAUCAUCACAUAAACAGAUUGAUAUAUACGUUUUUUUUCUUCUCACAGACAUUUGAAUAUUAAAAUAGAAUAAAACAAAUAAAAAUGGAAACUUGUUAGGUUUACCCUAAAUAUCCAUCACUGAUAGGAAAUACUGCUGUUAACACUUUUCCAACAAACAGAUGCAAUAAGACCUGUUUAGCGGUUUAGUCAUGUGACCUUCAACAUAUUAAAACUAGGCAAGAUUGGAACACACUCUCUAUUUUUAUGUAUGCAUCAAAAUCAACAAGCACUGUGCUUUGCUGAAACAUAAUCUAGUUCAAUACUUUUAAAAAAGAAUCUAAAAAACCUUCAGUUUACUCUACAGAAUAUUCCACAGCUCUUCACUGUACAAUUAUUUGAUUCAAAAUCAACAUUGUGAUACAAUAUUUUACGAUUUACUGUAUGUAUAAGGUACACAACUUGCAGUGAAAUUAAAUCUGGCCACUGCGUAUACUGGGCAAAAUAUUUAAAUAUUUCUUGUAGCCUUUUUGCUAUUAGAUUUUUGUUAUAUGUCUAGCAGCCAUGCCUAAAGCCAAAUUAAAUAUUUUUAAAAUGAUAUGAAAAUGAUGAACACAUGCUUGCAAACUAUAUAAAUAAUUUUUGAACAGUUAAAUAAAUAGAUAUGCAAAUGUCACAAAACAAGUAAAAGCAUAUUUAUAUUCAUAAUUCCUGGCCUCAAACCAUUAGAGGAAUCAGAGUUUGAUCACCUUCUCAUGACUCCUGCAUACACCAC